AUGAGCCACCGUUUGGGACGCAGGCCCUCGGUCACUUUUGCAACUGACGGCAGUAAUGACUCCGGCAGUGAACGUGGCCAACAUCCAGUCUUGCACGGUCUGCGCCACGAGCUCCUUGGUCUUCAAGAAGCGUUAGGUCAGGCGAACGUUCAGGUGGAGCGGUGGAGAGAGAAAUGUCUCCAGAUGGACAUGGAGCUAUCUAGGGCUCACAAGGAACGGAAGGAGGUCGAGGCACGCUGGCGAGCUCAAUGCGAUAGGAAUGACCAGCUCGAGAGCGAGGUCGAGCAGCAGAGGAGGAGAAUCCAUACGGAUCAGUCACAGGUUGAUGACCUCCAGCGGAGACUCGGCGAUGCCUUGAUGUCGUCGCCAUCAUCCAGGCAUGAACCCGACGAGAUGCCACGGCCUCGACGCAGAACUUCAAAUGGACAUAUCACCAUACAUACUGGUGGAUCAGCAUCCGUAAGGGACAAGCCACGAAUCUACAAUACUAGCAAACCGCUUGUUGUUGUUGAGAACGACAGGUCGAAGCCGACUGUGCCUGACUAUUCGAUGGCCAAUGGGGGCCGACGAGACCCAAGUGUUCAAACCACUAUGGUCUCGACACCACAUUCCCUUCAUCGAAGGUCCUCGCGCGACCGUAUAGCCAGCUACGAAACUAGCUACUAUCAACAGAGGCCACCUCCUUUGUAUCCGCCGCCGGGUGCUCCAUUUCCUGCGCCCCCUUACUAUGCGCCGUACCCGAGUCUCGAUCAGGUUGAGCUGUACCGCCAUCCCGAUCCGGUUUAUAACAUGCCCCAGAGCGCUCAUCGCCCGACAGUGAAUCCACUUAUGUCUGAAGCUUACAAUGCCUCCCCGAAGGCGCCACCUACUAGGAGAGACUCGCGCGCAGCGGUGUCCAAGAAACAUCUGGAUCCUGGUUUUCGUGUUGUCGACCCAGGGAAGCGUCGCACAUCUUUCAAGAGGGGUGGCGUUUUCAAGAUUCUGUGGCCUCAACCUGCACCGGCAUCUACGGUUUCUGAUGACGCACUGGUCGAUAUUGCUGGCUGGUCAGAAAAGAUUCACGUCAAAGUCAGCUGGUUUAUAGUGGUUCAAACGUACAAGACCCAUUGCCUAGCUGUUCCCGUCCACACCUAUGAGGGACAAGCCACUGGUAAAGCAGGGAUUAAUGGGGAACAUCACGCAGCCCUUGUCCUCAAAGGCCAAGGUGUAACCCUCGAAGUCGGAGAAGCCUUGGAAAGAGACCCACUCCAUAUGAUCCUUGAGAAGCAAACAGUCGAACUUCAGCCGACUUCGAGGAUCGACUUCUCCAAACUCUACACCAUCGAAUACAACAUCAAGGUCAUGAAGGUCGGCAGGAUCGUGCCAGAGGAAGUGAAUAGCCGGCUGGUGGCAUUCACGUGGGCUUCCUUCUCGAAGAACCUAUCGCCCUUUACGAUCAACAUCUCAGGCGGAUCGAUACAGAUACAGACGAGCAGUGGAGCUAGCGACACUGGCGCAGAUGAUGACUCGGUCAUGACGGGCUAG